AUGCUGCAGCCAGCUGGGCAGGUCGGAGCCCAGUGGAGCAAAGAGGCAUUGUUUCAGGCCUUUCGGCGGUUUGGACCGUCUGGACAGCGCCAAGAACCGAUUCAAGCGCUACUUCAAGCAAGAGGGCGUGAGAAUGUGAGCGACAAUGCCACAGCAUCCCACAGUGAAUCUCUGGCACUCCAGGAGUCCAGCCGCUUUGUGGUGCCCCUGGACCUCCAAGACCGCGAGUCAGCAGGCGACGAAGCGACGAGCCAAGUGGAGACGAAGACAACUGAGCCAACUGCGCAGCAUUGGGCUCAGCUGAAUGUCAGCAUCGUGCAUGGCAGACAUGUGGAUGCCUUGUGA